AUGGCGGAGCUGCAGCUGUCGCCCGCCCGCAUCGCUGCGGGCCGCGCGCCCCGCCCGGGCAGCCCGUCGCGCACCUACAGCCUCCGGCCGCCCUUCCAGCACAAAUUCCGCUCUUCUACAGUGAAAGACUGCAUCCAUGAGGUGUUAAAGGAGGAACUGGAAAAUGUACAGUACGACCCGGAAGAAGUCCCCCAACUCACCAAAUCUUUGUCAGAAACAAUCCGAGACAGACUGAAAGAGAAAGGAUUUCACAGGUAUAAAAUAGUUGUGCAGGUGGUGAUCGGAGAACAGAGAGGCGAGGGAGUGAACAUGGCCGCCCGGUGCUUCUGGGAUGCCGACACGGACAACUACGCUCAGGAUGUUUUCAUGAAUGACAGCCUCUUCUGCGUGGCAGUUGCUUUCGGCUCCUUCUUCUACUGAAGAUGAUUGGAAGCUCCAAGGAGAAUGGUCGUCGUUUCUGAGAUAGUGAGGAACUGAUAUUCUACGUGUAGUUUUUCAAGAUACUCACUUUAGCAAAUGCAUUUUCUACAUGGUGCUUAGAAGCUAUCACAAACUCCCCCUGGAACUGCCUUUGUAUACAGACGGAGCUUUCUGCACAAGUCGCGCUGACUGGAUGGGCCCGUGUUCUUGCCCAGCUCCUGUUCUUUUGUUGCUGCUUGCACAGAAGAGCAUCCUACCAAAUUCAUGGUAUUUUUCCAUGUAAUAGUGCAUAAAAUAGGAUCGAUCUGUUUUUAUCAUUUACCAUCCAUUCUGGUGACAGAUCCAGUGUGGGGCUUGCAGAAGCACAACUCAUAUGCUGAGUAUCAAUCCACUUGAAUGAGGAUAUUGAAGUCUUAAUGCCAACUGCGUGGUGUUUUACUCACAGAGGAGAUGAACACCUAAUCCAGUCUGGCAAAUUCAUUUUUUUCUCAUUCUGUUUGCCUUCUGUAUUCUGUCUCCUUCUCCAAAUUAAAAAUGUGAGGACGACUGCAAGGGUGACACUGUGUUUUCCCAGAUAAGAUUCAUUAGAUCUUCUUCCGUCCUUCCUGCCUCAUCCCUCAGCUCCUUAGCUUAAUAAAUCUACUGGGGGAAAUGGUUUUGUAUAGCCAUCAUACUUAGAAUUAUUAUUGUUGCCUGAAUAAAGGAAUCCUAGUGGAGUCAUACAGUUUGCCUAUGGCUAAAACAAAAA